GCCCCGUCCGUCAGUAUUGUGGCAAAAGCCGCUGAAUAAAGUUUAAUUCUAAUAUACUGUACACACGUCAUCUCUGUUAAAACUAAGUUUUGUGUCAUUUGUAUGUGUUUAAAUAAGGAAUAUUCUAAAGGAAAAGUUUAAAAAGAAGAGAAAAUAUCCAAAAUAUCCUGAGGGAGUUUAAAAAAAAAAUUACAAAGUAACACUUAUUUUUUGCCUUAACAUGAGAUAUCAUCCCGAAGGGAUAACAAAUACAAGAGAAUAAAUUGGUGCGUGAGGACGUGAUAAAAAAGACGCGGAGGUAGACUUGGUGUUGAGCAAGAUAAAAAUAUUCGUGCACAAACAACAUACACACCUGGAUUAUUAAUGUUGAACGGUGGAUAAACAUUGGGUUGGAAAAUUCACUCCGUUCUUCGACGAACACAUCUCAGAAGAAAAAAAAGGAAGAUUCUCGUCAUAACUUACGUAUAUCAGGACGCUUUUUUCUUCUUCUUUCAGUGGGUCUAGAGGUGGUUGUAUCCCAUACUUUUGGGGAGGUAGAUACCACGCGCGCCAAAGACAAAAACAGCCCCCACUGAAAGUGAAAACGUAAAGUCACACACAGAAAGUUCUUUCUACCCCAAAAUACAUAAAUUAUGUGGCUUUCCGUUGGCAGAUUAACUCCAUAGACCGUUUUUGGUGAAGAAGGUUUGAGGUUUGAACGUGAGAUACGACUUGGAACCUAGGCCAUACUCUUCAUCUUAUAUCAUAAUUGAAACUAAAAUACAGGGAAAUCUUACUUAAGAAAAAAGUGUGUGAGUGGAAAGUUCUUAUCUUGCGGACAAAGCAUGUGCAUUGUGAUCAUCCAUCAUAUAACCGUUCUUGUUUAACAAUCACGGUGUUUCGUGAAUUCGUGCGCGAUGUAUUCGUGAGUUUACUAACCUGUUGGUUAUCGACACGAUCCCGCGCGACUGUGAUUGGUGUGACCCACGGUAUAUAUAAAACGCUGUGUAUAUCUCCCGUAAUCUUAUCAAACUCUCCACUAAUUGCAUGUCGUCCAGUAACAUACGAUAAAAUCCGAAAAGAGCCAGAUGUUGAGUGUUUAAUUGAGAAAUCAUCAGACAGAGAGAUCCACCAGGGUCCACCCACAUGGAGAAACUGUCUCAACACUCUCUAUAAAUAAUUGUAAAAAUCUAAAAAUCGUGCAGGAUGCUUCCCAUCUGAUUUGUGUCCAUCGAUCAGGAUUUCAAAGUGCCUCACUCUGUUCGUGUUUUUUGCUGUCGGUGUAUAAAUUGUUGUGCCAUUCUUUUUUCAUUUUCUAAUCCCCACAUUUCCCCAAACCACAUCAUAAUUCCACAAUACCCACCCCAUUAUCCAGGAAAAAAAAGAGCCAAGUGCCAUCAACCACCCACAAACUUCCUCCCCGCCCCCUCCACAAAAAAGCCCUCUUACUUCGGUUGACCAGUGUUGUUGUGUGUUGUAAAAUUGUCAAGAAAGCCGGAAGAACGUUUCAGUUGUCGUUUUGAUGUGAAAAUUUCUUUUGUGUUAUUUACACCUCCGCAAAAAAUAAGAUAUUGUUGUUGACAGAGAGAGCCAAAGUCCGUGUUGAUAAGUAUUCUGUUGAAUGUGAUUUUUGAUUUGGUGUUAACGAGUUGACUGUGAAAGAAAUACAAAAAAAAAAUUCAAUACUCACAAAAUCAAAAUAUCAAAUUUCGUGUUAAUAAAAAUAAUUGUUGGAGACAGCUGAGCCAUCUCCACUUGGAUUUUGCAUCUCAAUCGUCACGAAAAAUCUGCAAAACAUUGUAGUAAAAAAACAAUUAAUUAAUGUGAGUGUCAAGUGCCCAAAAAAAAAGUAUAAAUCGCGAGUUGUGCCGCUGCAAAAUUUUGCAGAAAGUUGGUGAGGUGGUUUGGUGUACAAAGGGAAAAGUCGACAAAAGAAAAUUUGACCAAAUGUUGGCCUUUCAUAACGAGCAUAUAUCAAGUUGUGCUUUUUUGACGUAUUUCAGUCCGGAAAGUGCAGUGAACGCCCAGAACGCGCUCCAUGAAAAGCAAACUUUACCAGGGAUGAACCGUCCCAUUCAAGUUAAACCAGCGGAUAGUGAAAACCGCGGUGAUCGCAAGCUGUUUGUUGGUAUGCUUAGUAAGCAACAGACCGAAGAGGAUGUAAGACAGUUGUUUACACCAUUCGGAACAAUUGAAGAGUGUACUAUUUUGCGAGGUCCCGACGGUGCCAGCAAAGGUUGUGCUUUUGUUAAGUUCAGCUCUCAUCAGGAAGCACAAGCAGCCAUCACAAAUCUACACGGGAGUCAAACUAUGCCGGGGGCGUCAUCGAGUUUGGUGGUAAAGUUUGCCGAUACUGAGAAGGAACGACAACUGAGACGUAUGCAGCAAAUGGCCGGUCACAUGAAUUUGCUAAAUCCUUUUGUUUUCAAUCAAUUUGGAGCGUAUGGUGCUUAUGCACAGCAGCAACAGGCGGCCCUGAUGGCUGCAGCGACUGCUCAAGGAACGUACAUAAAUCCCAUGGCUGCGCUUGCAACACAAAUACCUCAUGCACUCAAUGGUAAAGUGGCGGGUGAUGGUCAGCUGAAAGGACAAUACGUAAUGCCGCAUUGUUUGCCCGCAGGCUCAGGACAACCAGUGAAUGGAACAAUUCCGUCGCUGCCAUCUCCCACGAUGCCAACAUUCAAUAUGGCAGCCCAGACUCCCAAUGGCCAGCCAGGCGGCACUGAAGCCGUCUACACCAACGGAAUACCUCAAACGUAUCCAGGCCAUGCCCUUCACUUAUCAAUUCCAACGCAAGGACUACCAAAUGGAGAUGCGGCUCUUCAGCAUGCUGCGUAUCCUGGAAUGCAACCGUAUCCAGGUGUUGCUUACCCCGCCGUUUAUGGACAGUUUCCUCAAGCUAUUCCACAACCAAUGGCCGCUGUGGCAUCACAACGAGAAGACUAUUUAAUGUUAACAGGAUGCUCCAUCUCUGGACCAGAAGGGUGCAAUUUAUUUAUCUACCACCUGCCACAGGAGUUUGGUGAUGCUGAACUAAUGCAAAUGUUCCUUCCGUUUGGCAACGUUAUUAGUUCAAAGGUUUUCAUCGAUCGUGCAACAAAUCAGAGUAAAUGCUUUGGUUUUGUUUCGUUCGACAAUCCGGCAAGUGCUCAAACAGCUAUCCAAUCAAUGAAUGGUUUUCAGAUUGGAAUGAAAAGACUGAAAGUACAGCUAAAGAGACCGAAGGACGCCAGUCGACCUUAUUAACAGGAGGUAUCCUCCAGUAAUGUCAAUACUGCUUCAGUAUUCCCAUUCUUUUCAGAUGAAGCUUUAAGGAUAAAGUUUAAACACUAAUUUACACCAUGAGAGCAGCGUAAUUUUGCAUGGCGAUUAGAGAUAACAAAAAAAAACAAUGAGGAGAUAAUGUUAGAGGAAAAAACAAAAAAAACUAUUGCAGGAAUUUAGUAAGGAAUCCAACACUGUUGUUUACAUUUCUUGGCUCCCAGCAUCGAAGAAUCUUUUGCGGCUGCCGAAGUGGAUGCAGAUUAUUUCUUUUAGUUUUUGUAGAAUCUAAUAUAAAACUAUGUUUUAUCUUUUAUUUUUUUUAUAGAUUGUCAUGAAAAAAAAUGAUAAUAUGUACUAAAUAGUGUAACUGAAGGUGAAGAACACACAAGUAAACAAGAAGACAAAAUAUAGAUGCAGGAAAUGAAUUAUUAUAUUUGAAACAAAAAAAAUGAUAAGUAAAUGAAACUUUUAGAGGUGAAACUUUAAUAAGAAAAAAACAAAAAUAAGAAAAUUAUAGUGAUUAGGGUGAGGAGAUAAGAUUGUACAUUUAAAAGAAAAAUAAAAGUGAAAUCCUUGAAGAGAAAAAAACAGAGAAUCGUGGGACAUUGUAGAUGUCGAAUCAUACUUUUUCUCGAAAAGAAUUUUUAGAAACUCGAAUAAAUACACUUUUUUACAUUUAAUACCAUUUUUAGAAGAGAUCACCGAGGGCAAAAAUGGUCCUUUCGUCUUUUAAGUUUUAUUUUAUUCUCCCUUUUUUCUGUCUCAUUGACAUAUUUAAUGUCUUAAGAAUUAUCAUUGUGAAUGAGCGGUACAAUUUGAAUUUUAUAUAUUUAAAAUUUAAGUUUAUAGAAAUAUUAGAUGAGAUCAGAGAUUGUUAAAAAGAAUUUGAACAUUUUACAAUUCAUUUGGGUGUCUGUUUGAUUUUUUAAAGCUCAGUCAAAUCAUACUGAGAAUCAAAGAAAUUAAUUAAAAUGAUUAUUUUAGUAAACUAUUGAUAGCUAUAAUUUUGAGAUAUAACUUUAAAAAAAAGAAGGUAAAUCAUGAAAAAUCUAAUAAUAUGCUUCAGUCCUAUCACUAAAUAUACCAGAUGAUAAUUCAAGUCUUAUAAAUAAAAUCUUGUAGUAUAAUCAAUUGCAUUUGGGACGAAUGGUUUUACGGGGAAUAAACUAUGAAAACCUACAAACAAAAACUACCAUAUACAUUCACGAUUGUAUAUAUACAAGUGAAAGCAUUUUUUAAUCUUUUACUUUUCAAAAAAAAAAAAGUCGAUAAGCGAAUUUUCAUUAUUUUCCAUCAAACCCAUAAACAUGAAACCAAAUGAGAUAAUCAAUAUCAUAAAAAUUAUUUCUUAUAUCUUCAUUAAUAAAACUAACUUUUAAGGUAACUCUUAGGUAUUUAGAAAAUGACGCGAAAAGUGCCCUCAGGGUACAAAAUGCUUGCAUCAAACUGCGAACGUGAGCGAGAUAUUUAUUUACAUAUUAUAAUAUUUAUUUUAAAAAAAUGAGCGUCAAAAUGAAAAAAAAACGAUGGGACAUCCCUUGUGAAAAAAAACUACAGCUAUGAAAAGCCAAAAAUUUUGUUGAAUAGAAAUGAUAAAAAAAAAUUGAAGAUAUACCAAUAUUUAAAGAGAAAAAAAUCUUAUUGAGAGGAGAAAAAUUAUAUAAUUGAUAAUCUAAAUAAUUAUUGUAAUAAUAAACACAUUAAACAAAUAAUAAUUUAUUCUCUAGGUAUUAUGAUGAAUUAAUGAGGAAAUUCAUACCAUGAAAAAAAAACUUUUAAUAAAUAUAAUUAAUGCGGCGAAAGUACAUUUAAAAAAAAGGAAGAAAAAAUAUAUUUAUAUAAAUUAGAUUUCCAAUAAUAUCUUUCUUCUUAUAUCGUCUCAUGAUAUUAAACCAAAAAAAAUCAUAAAUUAAUCAAGUAAAUCUUCUUCGAGAGUUUUGAGUGUGCUUUUUUCUCACUCCUUUUUUUUUGUGUAAAAAAAAACAUCUUUUCCAAACUGAAAACCCGUUUUAAAAACUUUAUUUUUUCUUUCUUAAAAUAAUACUCUCUAAAAAUUAAGAGCUUAUGUAGUUAUCAUGAUCAUCCCUCCCUUCCAAGCUUUUCCAUCAAAAAACAAAGACUCUAAUCUCUAUUUUGAAACUAUAAUUGGCAAGUGAAGUUGGGAAAUCUCAUGAAAUCUGAAUCAAAAGAGCAAAUUGUAUAGGAAAAUAAGAUUAAAAAGAAAACAAUCUUUAAGUGAACUAUUGAAAAAAACAACUAAAUAUCAAUGAGAAAAAAUAGAGGUGAUUCCAAUUUUCUGUUGGAUAAUUUGAGAGACAAAGGGAAUUUUGGGUGAUUAUCCUUAACUUCGUUCUUAUCAAUAUCAUCAAUUAAAACAAAUAUUUUGAUAAGCCAGAAAUAAAAAAGAUAUGUAGAUUGUGAAUAGAAAUUAAUGUAGUGGCUUUUUCUAAAAUAAUUUGUUACACAUGCGGCUAACUUUUUAGGCAAAUAUCACAUGCAGCUCAUAUUGAAAUUUCGAAAACCUAGUUUACGAUUAAGGCGCACUGAGCGGUAAUCGUAUGAAAUUAUUAUAUUCUGAAAGAUUGUGGGAUUUCCUAAGGCCUUUGAUGCACACUCUCGAUGAUCAAAUUCAAGAACAAGUAGAACGGAAGGCUACAUAUGUUUCCUUUAUCCCAAAAAAAAUCUUUUUCUCACAGAUGACCGAUUUUAUAGGGACCACGGUUUGUCAGCAACAAUAAUUUAAUUUAAUCCCAUGUUUUCCAAUAAAAAUCUAUUUUUAUUUUGAAAACUCAAAGCGCACAACUUCAAAAUUCCCAUUGAAAUCAUCAAAUUAUCCAACAGAAUAUUAUAAUAUAACCCAUCCGUGUUUAUAAUCUUAAACCAAAGGUAACAAGAGGUAAAAAACCUUAUAACUCAACCAAAAAAACAAGUUACGAGAUCGUUAGAUAAUUCCACAAAUGGGCUGUGAUUUGAAUGUAAAAAGAAAAAAAAAACACUUAAAAUGAAAAAUAACAUACAAAUUUGUGUAACUGUACAGUUCGUUUGUUUUCAAUGUGAAUCGUGAAGUUCGAUGUUGUAAGAGAGAACGAGAGACACUAAAAAAAGGAAGUGAAGAGAAACCUACUAAAAAAAAAUAUAUAUUUAAAUAAAAAAAAUGAAAAGAGUGAAAGAGACCGAGAUGGUAUAAAUUUAAAGAAAAAAAAACAAGAAAAUUUUAAAACACUGACGAUGUACCUUACAAUAAAACAAACAAAAAAAAAUGAUAUUUUACACAGUAAAAAAAAUGAUAAUGAAAAUUAGAAACAUCGUGUGGGGAUGGCACGUGUCAUUCUUGCACUUUUUGCCUAUCCGCGAAAGUUCACGAAAAGCACAAGAAAAACCCCUUGAAAAAAUAAAUUUAUAAAAAUUAAAAAAAAAAAUAAAAUAAAACACGGAAAGACAAAAGCUCUAAAGAAUUUCUUAAAGAGUGAUGUUCCCCCCGACCCACUAAAAAAAAAUAAUUGUUCCCAGAUACAAUACAAAAAUGUGAUUCAAUUUCAGUGUUAAUUGCUAGAAAGUUCUUGUCUUCUUCCCCCCAGUUAAAAAAAAUUAUUAAAAAAAAAAAAGUAAAACUGAAUAAAAACUCCCCGCGUCGAAGGUGACGGCCAUUAUCUCUUCAACAGAGGGAUUUUGCAGUUAGAAUAUGCUGAUAAGUUUAUGAAAAAGACUUUUAAAUCUUGCAAGUUGGGUGCAACAUACUGAUGAUUUAGUACAUUUUAGCGCGUAUUUAAUUGCAAAAUCACCUUACAGAGUCCAAGGAAACAAUUCAUCAUGUGAUUCAGUCUGACAAAAAGAAGAAUAGAUGUAUAAAUUAUGACAUUAAGACAACUAAAUCUAUACCAUCAAUCUCUAAAAUAUAAUAUCUCAUUGCCAAUUAUAGUGUCAAAGAAAAUCACUCAAAUCCCCAUAAUAUCAUCCACAUUUAUUCCACCCUAUCAUUUACAUACCUUCUCUCCCCUAAGCUAGGAAUUUUAACAUCUUUGAAAAAGCAUAUAACAUGUACGAUAUAGAAAAAACCAAAAAAAAAUAGAAAUACAAAAUGAUAAUAAAAAAUUGAAAGGAAGAAGCAACACAAGCGGAUACCAGUACCAAUAAAUGUAAAACUUGUAAAAUAAGCAGAUGAAUAUAUAAAGGGAAGUGAAACCGGUUUAGGAAAUCUGCACAUUCAAUCAUCAAGUUUUUGCUCCUUUAAGAUCAAAAAAAAAAAACAAACAAACAAAAAGGCCAUGGUGUAUAAAAGAAAAAAACUGAUAUGUUAAAUAAGUCUUAAUGAUACGCUAACUUGAAAUAUUUGACUAAUAAAUAUUUAGAUAAAACAAUGAUAAAGUAAGUUUCAUUUGUAGUGACAAUAAAUUUUACCUAUUUGAACUUUUGAAUUUGCAACAGUUGUCACAAACUACAUCACUUUUGUCGACGUACUUUUCAUUACCUUUUUUUGCCAUUAAUUGUGGUUAGGUGGGAGCAAAUGAAUAACGUAAAAAUUUAAGUAAGAAGGCAAAGACAUAGUUUAGCAUUGUCUACAGAAAGAAAUGACAGCAGUAAGAUCCUUUUGAAAAGAAUCUUAAGGAAAAAGAGAAAAUUAUGAGUUGUAUGCAACUAUUUCCGUUAAUUCAAAUUUUCGAAUGUAAACGUCUCAAUUGAGGCAAUUUGUAGUUUAGAAAAUUAUAUAAGAUUCUCAGCACUACCUUUUAGAUCAUUAUUCGAUAGGGAAAGAAUUGUACGAUUUGUACCAUAGAUUUUAAGCUCUAAAACUCUGAAAAUACUUGAACCUGGCAGCUAUUCGUCCAAAACAAAAAAAAAACUAAUAAUUUUUCAAGAAAAUGUACAUUUUUUCUGAUGAUACACAAAACACAGAAAAAAGUACAUUCUUGUUGAAUCAUUUUCAAAUAAGAAAACAAAGUUUGUGAGGUUUUUAAGAGAUAGUAAGAGAAUUGCUAUUUAAAAAUAACAAUAUAAAAUAAUAUAUUUAAAUUUUAAAAAAUGCAUUCAACUCACAAUUUAAAAAAAAACCUUUAAAAGAAAGAAAAAAAUAUUUAAGUUUUUGCAUAUAUGAUUUUGUGGUUUUUUUUUAAAUAAAUAUGUUAAAAAGUGCUAUAAUUAUGUUAGUUUCACAAUAUGCAUAUCUAAUUUAGGCAACAUAGGAAAAGAUGGGGUAGUCUCACGAAUGCAUUACUUUCAAAAACUAAGAUUUUUAAGAAGAAAAAUAAUAAUUUAGGAAUUGUCCUGUGUAUUUUCAGGCAGUCAAUACCUAAGAGAGACUAAUGGCUACUACACACUUGAUAAAAUUAUGUACAUAUUGAAGGAAAUCCCGUACACUUGUGUAUGAAAAGCAGUCAAAUAUGGACAUAUUUUUCUCUAGUGUGUAGAUGCCAUAACGCAUGAUAGUUAAUUUGAAUAUGGUUCAUAUUCGUUUAACAAUUGUGUCCUAAAAAACAAGUACAGCUGCGUGAAACUGUCUCACUCUUCUCUACUCAUAUUAUUAUUUGUUUUGUUGUAAAUAAAAUCGUACAGAUCUUCUGGCGGGGUUUCUGUUACAAUUAUGUCUGAAUAAACCAUAAUUAUGUCUAAAUUAAUCAUAAUUGUGAUAAAGUUUUCGAUAAAUUAAAUUAAUAUUCUACUUAUCACAAACAGAACAAUAAUAGGAAUAAAUUGCCAAAAUGCAACAAAUGCAUUGUAAAAGUAACAUGAUUAUAUCUGUUUUUCACAUAUUUAUAUUUAAAAGAAAUCAGACAUUUUCUUUCUCCCAGCAACUUACUCAUUUCUUUCUGUACACAAUUGCUAAGAAAAAAAUAUAAUACAGUAAAAAAAAUUGCUAAAUUUUAAAGCAUUUUUUGGUUUAUUGGCAAGUAAUUUUUAAGGGUGAAAGCUAAGGUAUUAUAUUUAGAGAAGAAAAAAAUCAAUUGAGAUUCUUAUAUAGGACUUUUCUGACAAUUUCCCAAGGAUGCAUCAUCUUCUGGGAUAAUGAAGCUUCUUGGGGGAUAUUGAGAUUUCCAAAUUUGAGGAUAUAAUCUAGUCAGAAGCGAGUAGAACCACGCCAUUGUUGAAUUUUUGUCAGUAAAAAAGAAAUUAGGCACAUUUUAGGAAGAAGUAUAUUGUACAUUAUUGUAGUUUUGCGGAAAUGAUAAAAAAAAGAAGAAUAUUGAUAAGUGAUACUAUGCAAGAAUGAGAUAAGGGAAGUAUCUUAAUGUUAAAUAAUAAUUAGACUUUUGCCUCUCCCAUCCAAAGAAUAUUUCCGAUUCUAGUCCAAACUCUGGCGAUUUUUGCACACAAAGCUAAAUAACUUUUUUUUUAUUUAAAAGUGCCAAAUUUAUUUAUAUUUUGGCUCUCAUUGAACAUUUAAAAAAAAUUAAAUUAAAUGAAAAGAAAUGUUUUAAGACACUUUCAGAAGAAUAGAUUGUGUUUAAAAGAUGGUCGAUAAUGUGCAAUAUAUAAUUAGUUUAGAGAAAAAAAAUAUUUCACCGCGCCAAAUGCAGAGAUCAUUGCAUAUUUAUUUAUUUUAAUCCAUCAAAUUCUUUUUUUGUUCAACCAUUUCAUAAAUUCUAGAAAUCUAGUCAAAUGUGAAGAAAGAAAAAAAGGUGAAAAUAAAAACUGUUUAGCGCCUCGUUUUAGGGAUGCACACAUUUACUAAUUAAUAAAAAAAAAAAGAAAUUAAUAAUGAAAAAUUGUGUACAUAAAAAUUAUUAUUGACGGUCAUGAUUCAAAAAAAAGAGAGAAAAAAUAAUAAUAAAAUCAAUUUUCAAAUGAAAAAAAAAUUAAUUAAAUUGAAUAGUAGUGUAAAAUUCGUUGCAACUUGCCAGAUUGAACAAGUAAGUAGUGAAGCGCGAUUGCUGAUGAUGGAACUGAGGAAGAAAAAACACAAUAUUGAAUUAUUUAGAGAAGAAGUAAAUAAAAUGAAAGGAAAUUUUUAGAAUUUUUGUAAAACUGACGCACUUUGCUAAAAGAUUAGUGACGCCUUUAAAGAAUUAUAUAUUACAUUUAAAAAUAAAAAAAAUAUAUUAUAUAUUAUAUACAUUAAUAAAAAAAGAAAUGAUGAUAAAACUAUGGAAAUAACACCACAGAUGACACAUACCCAAUUUUAUUAAAUUUUUUUUGGUAAAGAUUAAUCUUCUUUUUCAUUAAAUACUUUUCUAUGAUUUGCAGUAUUGACGAUUUUGCAAAUAAAAAAAAAACUUUUUUUUCAGAGGAUUUCAAACAUAAAUGACUUUUAUUUUCAAAUUUUAAUACUCCAUUAACACAUUUCGAAAAGAAAACUAAAAAAAAAAAACAAAAAUUAGUCGAAGGACAUAAAAUAGAGGAAACAAAAACCAACACAUUGAACAUUUUUAAAGUAAAAAAAUGAUAAAGUAUGAGUAGGAAUUUUAGUAAAGAAACAAAAUGCGUAUACAUUUUUCCCUCGAAAAAGCGAGAAAGUAUAUUGCAGAAAAAAAUGAAUAUAAUAUAGGAUACAGGGUAUUUCUUGCAAUUAUUUAAAAAGAUGAAAAAAAACCAAAAAAGAUUUUUAAGAAGUAAAACAACAACAAAAUAUUUAAGAAUGAAUAAUUGUGAAGCUAGAGAGAUUUUUAGAGAAAGAGAGGUUAUAGCGCGCGAAUACGAAACAUUUGUUUGAAUGAGGCGUGAGCAAAAAUGUUGACAAUAUUUGUGUGUUAAUUGCGAAAAAAAAAUAAAUAAAUCGACAAGAAUGUACAGAAGAAAUCCAUACACACACAAAAAAAACUUUAUUUAAUUAAAGACAAAAAACAACUGAAGAAUAAAAAAAAUCGAUUGAUUAAAUUUGCACACUGAAGAGGCACAAGUAUUCUCAAGAACAUUUUUGACUUGAUACUAAUUCCCAAAUUUAAAACUUUAAAAUGAAAACUAAAGCUCCAAAAAAAAUCCCGAAAACAUACACAAAUUGAAGAUAAAAGUAGAUGAAAAAAAAACAUUGUGAAAAAAAGGUUUGCAUACACUCUGAAAUUAUAACAUAUGUAAUAAUUUAAAGUAAAAGAAUGAUUGAAAGGAAAAAAACAAUGCGAUACAGUACAUUUUAAACGCAAAUAGAUUUUUAGAUUUUAGCAUGAUCAACUAAAAGAAAUUAUAUACAAUUAAACUACACUAAUCAUUUAUAUAUUUAAAUUAAUACAUAUAUUAUAUAAUUGCAUUUUAAAAGAAUGAAAUUGAAGGAAAAAACCUAAAUCAGAGGGAAAUGAAUCGACAGUCGUGAAUGAUUUAAAGUCCCAAAAAAAACAGUUUUACUUAAAAAAAAAAACGAUGAAAAAAUUUUUAAAAGGAAAAAGAAACCUAAAAACCUUUUAUUCACACUUUCCAAUAGUUAAUAUUUAUAUACAUAACUAGGAGAAAACAUAUUUUACACACGAGAGACAUUCAUUAGAAACGACAAAGUCUUACAUCCAAAAAGAAAACUAUUAAAAAAAACUGAACUGAUAAAGUGUAAAAUAAAACAAACAUGGGAAAUACACAAAGUAAAAGCGAAAAAACACAAAUUACUACCAUAAAAUAUUCUAUAUAACCUUUAAACAAUUUAUCGAAGGAAUGAAAGAUGAAAUGAGAGAAAGAGAAAGAAAGUAAUCAUUUUGACGAAGGAAAAAUGCUAUGCUACCUCUUUAAAAAAAAGAGGAAUAUUGCAUAUUUACUAAUAUAUUGUACUAAUUAUUAAAUUACAUAUUAUUAUUCAUUAUUACUUGAUUAAAGGAAAAGAAUUAUUAACGAAAGAAACAAGAAAAACAAAAAUGGAUUGAAAUCUAUAAUAAAAAAAACAUUUACCAUUCAAACUAAAUUAUCUUUCUUCUUAAAAAAAAGUAAUCCAAUUUAAUAAAAAAAACAACAAUUUUACACUUUUACCCUUUGAUGCCCAAUCAUAAAUCUUUUAUAGCGUCAUCAGCGUUAUGAUUAUUUAACACCAACCAAAAAGAUAUGAAAUCCUAGCCAAAAAAAACGAAAUGUAAAAAAAUAUCUCUUUAAAAAAAAUCAACUUAUCAGAUUAAUUCAAUGCAUUCAAAUCAAUUGUUAUCUAUCUGCAUUGCCUUAAAUUAUAAUAAAAAGAAAAAAUUAAUAUUGACAAGAGAGAAAAUUAUCCUCAUCUGAAUAAAACCAAUUGAAUAACAUUAAAAGAAAAGAAAAAAAACAAAUUUAACACUAUUAGAGGCUUAGAAAUUUUAUUAAAGAAACAAAAUGUAUUUAUUGCAAUUAGAGAAUAGCGCGAAAAUAUCCACUCUUUUGAGGCUUAGUUUAAAUUAAACUAUACGAUUGCUAUUUGAAGAGGACUUUACCGUUUGCCCCUUAAGCAAUUCUGCAGAAUUAUAACGAAAUUGCAUACAGUAUUCUCUUGCAAGUGUGGGCUAAACCCAAAGGAUAUUGCUUCAUAAUAAUAGGCCACACCUCUUAAAAACCUUGUAUUAAGUUAGUUUCGCUUGUACCGUAAGGCCGGCUUCAGACUCAAGGUUUAGCCCCGUUCCCAAUGAUCUAGAAAUUCGAAAUAACAACCAAUUUUCUUGGUUUUUUUUUUAAUUUAAGGGAUCACUUGCCCAUGUUGUCCAAUCUUAAGUAAUAAUUCUCCAAAAAAUCUUGAAUGAUAAAAAAUUAGAUAAGUUAAGCCAUACGGCUGAGCCUUAAGUCUGAAGCCCGUAUAAGUACGAGUGACUUUGUCUCCUGCAGGUGACUUUGACAUCCUCCUGUUCGAAAGCUUUUCUUUAAUUCUAAUGUUAAAGAACGGUUCUCAUCGAUCAGACAAGGUAGAUCGGAUCAGUUAAGACCAUCCUUAAGCUCUAGAAGUAAAGAAAAUCUUACGAACAGGAGGGUGUCAAAGUCAUCCACACUUAUACAAGCUUCAGACCUAAUGCCCUAGACACACUUACGACUUAAUCCGAGAGACGACUUAGUGGAAAAUGAUGGAAAUGUAGUUUGACCUUUAUUUCCAAUAUAAUUACACAAAGCCGUCUCUCGGCUAAUCCUCAGGUGUAUCAAGGCCCUAAGACUUAGCCAUAUGGCUUAACUGCUCUAAUUUCUUAUCAAUCACGAUUUUUGAAAAAUUUAACUUAGGAUUGGAUUUAUUAAAGAUAUAUAAGUGACUUAUUAGAUUCCCAAAAAGCAGUAAAAUUGCUCUCUAUUCAGGAAUUUGAGACCUUUGGGAACUGCGCUAAACCUCUAGUCUGAAGACCGCCUUACGGUGCUUUAACUUGUAUAAAUGAUUAACUUUAUAGAACUAUUGGUCUCACAGGGUUCUUUUUAUUGGCCCAAAGCAUGUUCAAAGCCAUAUUCAAUCAGAGAAAGUCGUAGAACUAUCACGACUAGCAUUAUUCACAUGAAAUUAAAUAUUUAAUCCCAUGAAAUACUUUAGUCUCAUGUAAUUGGCUAAAGCUUUUAAAAGUACGAAUGCUUUCAACUAAAAACUUUGGGACUAAAAUAUUAAAUGGGAUGAAUUAUUUAAUUACGUGUGGACAAUACGUGAAGCAUAUUAAUUUUUAUAUUCAAUCCCAUUCAAUAUUCUAUUCCCUUCAGUUUCUUCGAUUGACCACAGCUUGAAAGCAUUCAAAGAACUUAAAGUUCUAAUUAAUCUAAGAACGUGUUGAGACUGAAAUAUUUCAUGGGAUGAAAUAUUAAAAGACAUGUCGAUCAAGCAAAAAGCGUAUGGAUUAAACAUAUUCAAAAAAAAACUGUUUCAAAACUUUCGGUGAUUUGCUAGAACUUUUAAUAUCUUGAAUGUUUUCGAGCUCUGGACAAUCAGAAAAUGCGUUGGGACUAAUAUUCUUUAUAACAUUAACUAAUUUAUUACGCAAUUGAGCAAUGCCUAAUACAAACAACUGAAGUAAAUUAUUUAUAAAGAAUAAUUUUUAUAAUUUUUCAACACUCAAAGUUCCCUUCAUAUCGCUAUCGUAUGGCUUAAUUAAACUCUGCCCUUUACUUACUAUUUCUUUCAUCCCCAUUCUAAGUAGAAAAAAGCCCUAUACACUAUUCUAAAGUAAAUUUACAGUGAGUCUUACGUUUGCAUUUCGAUCACUGUCCCUCUCGAUUGAGGGAUACUUGACCGCAACCAUAAAAAAAAACUGUGCAUUAAAUAAUGAGAAAAGUAUAAUAAAAAAAACAAUGAUAAUAAAAUUCACACGAUUAAGCAGCAUUCUGACUUGCGUUAAUUUCUUUAGCACAUUAUAACAAAAAAAGUGUACAUAUUGAAAAUUGAAAAAAAAAGUGAAAGAAGUGGAAAAAUAUGAUAGAAUGGAAGUAAAAUAAAUUUAAAAAAAAAUCCCCUGCCAAAAUGAGCUAAAUAUAUUUUUUAUUAUACAUAUAUAUAAAUAGAAUAAAUAGAUGGGAGGAAGAAAGAAAGAGAAAAAAAAAAUGAUGAAAUAUAUUGUAACACCAUUAUUACUUUAAAUUUGUAGCAAGUAAUUUUGAAAUGAAGAAAAAAAACUAGUACAUAGUAUUAUCAUAUAAUACCAUUAAGAAUGAGGUUAGAAAAACCAAGGGAAGAUUAUGAAAAUUGUGGUAAGAGGAAUAUAAGAGAAAGCUUGGAAUAGAAUGCAUUUCUUAGAGAGCAAAGCAGACAAAAAUAGAAGUUGCAAAAAAAAAAAACUCAAGAAGUGAAGACAAAGAGAAUGGCACAGGUUAGUUGGAAUAGGUCAGUAAAAAAGAAACACAUUAACAAAAUGGUAAAAAGUUCAUUUUUAAACCCCUUUCUAAAGCCUCUAAAAUUUUCUUUAAAAGCACAUUCUGUACUUUAAAAAAAUAUAUACAUAAUUAUAUUCUCUAGCUAAAUAAAACUUUUUCAAACCUAUCCCCCUUAUUUAAACCCCUCCCCCCAGAUUUUUUCUUUCAUAAAACUUUUUUAAAUAGACAAUUUUCUAGUAAAUCGCAUUUUAUUAACUUGGUAUAAAAUUUAUAUAUAGAUUUCUAUAAUCUAUUAUUAAAUUUAAAGAAAAAAUACUGCAUGAGAAAAUAUUUAUUUACAUAUUACCAAGGUAAUAAAAAAAAUUUAAAAAAAAAACACAAAAAAUAUCACUAAAAUAGUAUCAUCUUUGAUCUAUUUUAGUGUUCACCAAGAAAAUGAAUUUAUAUAGAAUUAACUAAAUGAGAUUAAAGUAAAAUUAAAAGGUGAAAUGAGAGAAAGUGGAACUAAAUCUAAAUUUAAGUACAACAGUAUUAAAGAAAAAAAUGAAAAAAAAAUAAUCACAAGGUUAAAAGGAAAGUGAGAAACUUAUUAUUGAAAUAACUUAGAUGGUGAAAACAAAAAGAAAAACCUAAACGCCACGAAAAAAAACAACCUAAUAGCAGGAUUUUAAAGAAGAAAAAAAAUAAGAUGAAUUUUAGGUAAUUUCGAUAAAAUAUUUGCGAGAAGGAGCCAUUGGAAAAAGAAAAUAUUAUAAUCAUAUCAGGCGAAAAUAUAAAAAAAGAGAAAAAAACAACACGUAAAGAAAAUUUUCACACUUUCUUAUUGAUUUGUUGUAAAAUGAGAAAAAGAAUUUUUAUUAAAAAAAAUGAUCGAAGUUAAUAAAAGAAAUUAGAAAUUGAAGAUAAUUCACUCAUUUUAAAAACACAAUUUAUUACAUUAAAAAACUUGAAAAAAAACAUUAGAAAAUUUCAAUUUUUUAUAAAUAAAAUGCAUUUUUGACAAAAAAAAUGACGCUACUUGAGAGGGAAAAUAUAGUGAAUAGUAGCGAAAAAACUGGAGUUGAUCACGUAAAAACAAAUCACUACAAUAUAGAUAAACUUACCACGACAAAAACACGCAGAAAUAACACACAAAUCAAUCAAUAGAAUUUUUCCUAAAACAACAAACUCAAAAAACACAAACACUCGUCACACAUAGUCUCUCUUCCGUAAAAGAAAAAUAGAAGAAUGAAGAAACACUUUAAAAAAAGAGGAAUAGUUCAUAAGUAAGAAAAAAAACUCUAAUAGUUUAAGAAUAAAUUGCUCCAAAAUAAUGUACAUUAAAUUGCUUUCGGCGCGAUUUGCCACAAAAAAAAACAAGUAAGUAAAUAAAAAUGAGCUAGGAAUAAAAAAAAAACUGAACAAGAAAAUAAAACAGGUGUGAGCCAUACGAAACACACAGUUUGUAUAAAAAAUGAAAAAAAACACAUAACUUGUAAAACGAGAAUUCAAAUAGGACAUUUCCACCAGACGCAAACUAAAAUAUUAAGGAAAAAUGAAUAUUUAAGGAAAAACUGCUAGAAUUUAAUAUAAUAAACAAAGUAUAUUAAAAAAAAGGAGAAAACUUGAAAAAAUAAUCAUUGAAUUUAUGUAAUGAAUACAGAAACAAGAAAAAAUAUUGAUUGAAAAAAAACCACCACCACGAUAAUAAUUUCACCGAAUUAUUCCUUUAUUUUCUUUUUGAAGUAAACAAAAAAAAAACAAUUUCAAAACUAAACUCCAACACAGCAUGAGCAUGACAGAGAAAUCAGGAAAAAGAAA